UGUGUGUGUGUGUGUGUGUGUGUGUGUGUGUGUGUGUGUGUGUGUGUGUGUGUGUGUGUGUGUGUGUGUCCUAGCUGUAGGCUCACCAACAGUAUCAGCUGCACCUGGGCCUGAUGCACUCUUGUCUACAGAGAUCUGCUGGUUUCCCUCAUUGUCCCUCAGCCCGACUGACGCUUGUUGUUGCUUUAGUUCUUGAUCUGCAGUCGAGUUGAAACGUCCCACAGCGAGGUAUCUGGUGCAGCAUGAAAGCCCCCAAAUACCGAUUCUCCUUCUACGCUGGUUUCCUGGUGGGAAUCAUCACGCUGUAUGUUUUCCUGCGGCAGGUGCGGUUUGAGAGCACUUUGUUAUCACAGCAGGGAACAAACCUGAACAAAGUCAGCAAUGACCAGGAACAGCUCGAGGAAGAAAUGAAGAUAUGGAAAAAGGAAAGGUCUGCCCUUUUCAAUCUGGAGCAUCCUCAUCAUCCAGGAGAGGACGGCCGCAUGGCUGAUGAGCUGUACAAAAAGGUCCGUAUUCUUUGCUGGGUGAUGACUGCACCAAGAAACCUGGAGAAGAAGACUCGCCAUGUGAAGUCUACUUGGAGUCGCCACUGUAAUGUUGUGAUUUUCAUGAGCUCUGUGGACGACCCCGAUUUUCCCACGGUGGGCUUAGGCACGAAGGAGGGUCGGGAUCAGUUGUACUGGAAAACAAUCAAGGCAUUCCAUUAUGUCUACGAGCAUCACAUCAACAAGGCGGAUUGGUUCCUCAAGGCAGAUGACGACACCUAUGUUAUUGUAGAUAACCUGCGUUUAGUUCUCGCCAACCACACACCCGAGGAACCAGUUUACUUUGGCCGAAGAUUUAAGCCCUUCGUAAAGCAGGGCUACAUGAGUGGUGGGGCAGGCUAUGUGUUGAGCAAAGAAGCUCUGCGAAGAUUUGUAGGAGGAUUUAAAACCAAUGUGUGCACUCACACUUCCUCUAUAGAGGAUGUUGAAAUGGGACGGUGCAUGGAGAAAGUUGGGGUGUUGGCUGGGGACUCCAGAGACAAUAUGCAAAGGGAGACAUUUCAUCCACUUCGCCCUGAGAAGCACCUAACACAUAAGUUACCAAAGGGCUUCUGGUAUUGGAGCUACUGCUACCACCCCAUCUCAGAGGGUCCAAACUGCUGCUCGGACCUUUCAGUGUCAUUCCACUAUGUUGGUGCUUCACAAAUGUAUUUAAUGGAGUACUACACCUAUCACCUGCGUGCCUUUGGAUACAGUUACCGUUACCAGCCGCCUGCUCCACUUGGCUAUGGUAUUGAGAAAUCUGUGGAAGGGAAAAACAGGCCAGCUCCUCAGGAAAACAGGCGAGGAGACGGGGAGGAUCAAUCCAGGACUGACAAAAGACAGAAUGUAGAUCCCCCUCAAGCAGCUGGUAAAGACCCUCCUGCUGCUCCAUCAGGGUAAAUCAGAAGGAUGUUUGGGUGUGUGAAGGAAACUUAUCAUUAGGUAGAGUGUUUAAAUGUUUGUUAAUUCAUUUUGUUGUUCUUGGCUCAUUGAGGGAAUCAUUUCACUCAUAUUUCUCAGCUGAGGCACUCCUACUUCACAGUUACUGAAGAAUUCCUUCAGGAAUUUAAUUGUUGAUUAUCAGGUUUGUUUGGUUGAGCUAUAAGACAGUGUCUUCUUUAAAAAGGUGGGAACUGCUUUCUGUUAGCUUCAGUCAUUUGAAAAUAAGUGAAGCACUUUUUUUUUUUUUAAGUAUCAACUUUCUAUAAGAACCAAGUUUUCUACAAAUCCGACAAAAUUGAUUUAACACGUUUUUUCAAAAGUAUUUUUAAACUAUGACAAACCCACCAAACUUGACGGACCACUCUGUAAAGCGAUGUAACUUGCUAGAGUUCUUUUGUUUCAUUCACACAUAAGCCCGUUUCACUCAUGAACUCUUGAUGUUUUCUAUAUUAUUUCAGGACUUUCAGGCCCUUAUUGAACUUUCUUUUCACCGAUGAACCUUACAACAGGUGAUUAUUUUUGUCAGCUUCGCUCACUGAACUCAAAAGACUCGGUUUGGUUUAGAUAAGGGGGCGUCGUAGAGUAUCACAUGCAGGAGGAAGAGGAGUGUUCCAUAAUGGUGACCUUUUCCAUGGUAAUAUAACUACAACAUGUAUAAAUGCAACAGUGGAAAACAAAGAUACUGACAAAUGAGGGGAGCAGCAAAGAAAAUAAAGCAGUAAAACUAUGCUCAAUGUUAAUGUUUUCUUAAAAGUACAAAAAAAGCAUUCAGGUCUAUCGAUUGUUUUGACUCAAAUUUCAGACAUGAUCUUGCAGCCUUAAACCAGUGUCAGGAAAACCUACAAAAUCAGUAAAGCCAAAGAUUUUCUCAAGAUGUGAUACAGGAUUUAAGAUGUGGUGGGUUUGUGGUGUUUUUUUUAUCAGAAGAAGAGAUUUUCUUUCUGAUAUUUUAUCUACUAUCAUGUUUGAUUUUAGAAAAAUGUGCGGGUCAGAGCUUUUUUUUUUGUUGCUAUUAUAUUAUGUAUACUUAAACAUUGUUGAAACCUACUUUGUAACCAAACAGAGAACUAAUAUUGUGAAAGAUCUAGUAAUUACCAAAUACAAGAAACCAGCUUUAGACAUUGACAGGAUUCAGUGGUUGAACGUUUUAGUUUGCAAAUGAGUGCUGAUUCUUACAAGCUGCGCAUAAAAGUUCUGAGGCCCAAAACUCCUAAAAGUGGUUUCUUAUUCUAGAGAUAAACACACCAAGUCCUCACAAACCCAUUCUAAUUGUAUUAAAGGGAAAGGUGUACAGUGUGUAUUUAUAUUGAAGUAUAUUUAUGUUCCUAUCAAUGUCAAUUCAGUCAAUACCCUUGAGUGUGUAAAUGAGUUUGUGUGAGUAUGUGAGCACACAUUAUUGGUGUGCAGCAUUGUUUUCACUGAAUGGUACUUUGAUCACUAUAAAUAAAGUAUUUUAUUGUA